AUGGAGCUAUUCCCAGCACAGCCAGAUUUGUCCUUGCAAAUCACCCCUCCAAACAGCAAAUCCACAUCAAGUAAUUGGAGGAGAAGCACAGAAGAGGAGAUGGAUUUGGGGUUCUGGAAGAGAGCUUUGGAGUCCAAAACAAACUCAUCCUUAGUCAAAACAGAUCUCUCCCUCUCCAAUCCAAGGGCUUCUUCUUCAAACACCAACACCAACACCCCCAACCCCAACCCCAACCUUACCCACCACUUCAACAAGAACAAGAAUAAUAAUGUCAUCCCCAUCCCGCAAAACCACUUCUUUCACCACCAAAUCCUGAGCCAAGACCUAGGUUUUCUGAGACCCAUAAGAGGAAUCCCAGUUUACCAAACCCCUCCUUUCUCAUUUGCUCAUUCAGAGCCCCUACUACAUGCUCCCUUCAACGCACCCACAGCUUCAAGCCCCUUCCUCUCCCAAGCUCUGAUCAAGUCAAGGUUCCUCUCACGCUGUCCUCCUAAGCGUAAUGUCAGGGCUCCUCGGAUGCGUUGGACCACUGCACUCCAUGCCCGCUUCGUCCAUGUCGUUGAACUUUUGGGUGGCCAUGAAAGGGCUACACCCAAAUCAGUUCUUGAGCUAAUGGAUGUAAAGGAUCUGACUUUAGCACAUGUUAAGUCUCACUUGCAGAUGUACCGGACGGUGAAAACUACAGAUAGAGCUGCGGCAUCAUCGGGGCAAUCUGAUACUUAUGGUAAUGGCUCUUCUGGAGAUACUUCUGAAGACUUCAUGUUUGAUAUAAACUCAAGGAGGUCUGAACUAUCUAUUAAGCAGGCAAGAACAAGUAUUAAUCAAGAUAAUGACAAUGGUGGCCUUUUGAACAACUCUUCCAGCAAGGAAGCUUGGUUGCACGACAAGCCAAAGGUUGUUGAUUCUAUUGGAAACCUGCCUUCUGCUGAGGGAAUGGAUCCAAAGGGCCUGAGCAAUGAAACAUCAGAUAGAAACUCAUCUUCAAACAUAUCAGGAUCAAGCGCCAAGAAGCCAAAUUUGGAUUUGGAGUUCACCUUAGGUCGAUCACUUUGA